CUUCCAAGGGCCUGGUCCACUGGCUUGAAUGGGUCUUGAAGAUGAGCAGAGUGAGAGCAGACCAAGAUGGCCACCGGUGCAUCCCCACUCAGAAAAUUCCAAUCCCAACCAACCAUCUCUCAACAGACCGACCUGCUCAUCCAGACACUCCUCCACUUCGGACUCAGCAAUCAGAACAACAACAGCAACAACCGAGAUAGCAGGACUCAAAUCAUCGAACUGAGCGUGCAUGAGCUGGCUGUGGCACUCGAGAAGCUGUCGGCCGGUCAAGGGGACAGCAACCAGCCGGACGAUCCCAAACUCAAGAAACUCGUACGCUCCCGGGUAUACGACAUCCAUUCAUCUCACCUCGAUGCCCUCGUUUCUGUCCGCUCUUGGACGAUGACCGAGCAUGUCUAUCGGCGUGUACCCUGCCCUUUCCCCACCAUGGCCCGGGGGCUGUUUACCCGUGAAAAUCUUCAUCCCGAUCGGGCACUCGGUCAAGGUCGUCAUGCGAUCGUCGCACGUGGAUACGAUAAAUUCUUCAAUAUCGACGAACUUCCUUCUACCAAGUGGGAAGCUCUCGCGAAUCGUUCACAAGCACCUUAUCACCUGACGCUCAAGACGAACGGAUGUAUCAUCUUCCUGGCCGCACUGACGCCUAGCGACCUGCUUGUCACUUCGAAGCACGCCACGGGCGGGUCAAAGGAAGACGAGGAAGAUGAACCGAUGACCCAUUCAGCCGUCGGUGAACGAUGGGUCGAACGCCAUUUGGCCCAGGUUGGCCUCAGCCGAGCCGAGCUGGCGCGAGAGCUGUGGGAGGCCAACGCGACAGCGGUCGCCGAGCUAACCGACGACGACUUCGAGGAACACGUGAUCGCCACCCCAGCGGACCAGGUCGGCCUGAACCUCCACGGUGUCAAUCUCAACACGCCCGAGCUCAUCACUUACCCGCCCGAGAUCGUCGCACAGUGCGCCAAAAGAUGGGGCAUGCAUCCCACCCCUUUCACGACUGUCAGCGACAUCGAAGCCGUCAAGGAACAUUGUCGGAUGAUCCAGACCGACGGAUGGGCUGGCCGGCAGGGCCAUAUCGAAGGCGUGGUCGUCAGAGGCACUCCCCGAGAUCAGCAACCAAGCCCAGGUCCUAAUCCUGCAGCGACCUCCAUAUUCUGGAAGGUGAAAUUUGAAGAACCGUAUUUAACCUAUCGAGAAUGGCGUGAACUGACGCGAAAGAUGCUACACGAGUUGAGCCUAACCGGGAAAGCGCUGAAAGAACACCCCUGUGGGAAAUGUGAAAAACAUUUGAGCUUGUCCGACUCUGAAGAGCUCGCAAAAGUCUUGAAGGUGAACGUCAAAAAGAUCCAUAAACCUGAGACAAGACUGUAUGUCCAUUGGGUACUCCAAGAGCUGUUGAACCGGCCCCAAACAUUCGACCUUUGGCAGAAGAACCGUGGGAUCGUCGCCACCAGGGAGGCCUUCUUUGAGUGGCGCAAUUCUCAAGACGCUCUGAAAAUCAUCGACCAAUUGGGCUCUUCAGCUUCUCAGAAACCGUCUACUGGAGCUGGAACUCAGGUCGAGGAAAAUCAGGACUAUGAUAAGACUUUGCUGGUGCCAAUAGGGAUUCCUGGAUGCGGCAAAACGACGCUGGCCAUUGCACUCAAACAUUUGACCAACUGUUCGCACACCCAAAGCGAUGACAUCACGACGAAAAAGACGGGGCCAGCGUUUAUUGAGAAUGUGAAGAGUUUAUUGCUCGACAAGAGUGGACCAAGCCUCGUGAUUGCCGAUAAAAACAAUCAUCUGAAGACUCAUCGAACAGCCUUAGUGGAACUAAUUGCCAAGUUGAAGGAAGGGAUCCAGGUGAAGAAGGGCAAAGGGAAGGGCUCGCGGGAGACCGAGUUAGUCCGGAUGAAGGUCAGAAUGGUGGCAGUCACCUGGGACCUUGAGGCUCAUUCGUCCGGCGAACUCCACCAGAUCGCCGCCCAGAGAAUCGUCCAACGCGGAGAGAACCAUCAAUCUUUGAGACCUGAAUUGACCUCCGGUGGACUCGAAGCUCACGAUGCUAUCCUCUGGAGAUUCCUCAAAACCCUCGAAGAGUUCGACCCGGACAUUAAUCCAGAGGAUCAGCCGUUUCGCCACAUCAUUCAACUCAAAUUUGCCGACUCGAUCGAAAAUAACCUCGAAGAUUUGUGUGCUCAAUUGAGCAAAAUCUGUCCCGGUCUGCUGGCUCCGGAGGACCGGAUUGAUAGUCACAAGAUGAAGAAUGCAUUGGAGAUCGCUCGAGCGUACAAGCCUUCGAUUAAGAAAGAAAUGAAAGUCGAGGCCGCAUUGCAGUCUCCGCGUUACUUCGGGGUGAAGCUGGACGUAGAUCUGAGGAAGCUAGUCGGCGAGCUCCUUGGGGCUUUUGGCCAGACUCCGCAAGAGCCGACCCAGAAGGCGGGUCACCAAAUGUUCACGGAGCUAGUCAAGAACCGGCGGAUAACGGCGACGCCCCAUCUCACUCUGGUGCACCAGAACCAGACGGAGGAAAGCGAGGAGAUGAAGCGGUUAUGGGAUGAGUACCAGGGCCGGGUGUUAGCGCGCAAGGUCGCCUUCGGCCUCCUUCUUGGGCCCAAGCUCAUCUGGAAUAACCGGGUCAUGAUCUUGGAGGCGAGAGUGCGCACGCAAUCUCCGGGAGACUCGGCGACCGAUCCGGCCCCGACGUCGAUCAGAUAUCAUGUGACCAUCGGGACGGCUGAUGAGUCGAUCAGGCCGGUCGAGGGCUUCGACCUCUUGCAUCACUUCUUCCGCUCCGAACCCCCCGCCUCCCACUCCUCACCUCAACCCGCUCCAUCUCCACAAACCCAUGGCACUCUUGAUGCUGGAAAGGAGGAUGCUGAUCGUGCCGGCGAAGUCUUGUUCCUCGACGUCAAGACUGUGUCGGUGAGCGGGACCCUCAAAGGUCUCACUUGAUCGUUUCUUUCAUCUCUCCAUAUUGGCUCUCCCUGACAUGUAUCCAGCCGUACACACAUGACACGAUACGAAGUAUACCCUCUUGGAACCGUUGUUUUUUACUGUCUAGUCAAUAACCUCUUGCCCCAUCUUCCAUGAAAUCGAUUCAAAAUAGUUAAACUUUUAAAUUCAUGAAUAGUCUCUCUCCAAUACACUCGUGAUACCCACAGAUAAGAAAAUAUGAACACAAAUUGUUCGGCCCCUCCAUCCGCAUGAGUUCCAGAGUUGCGAGGUUGACAACCAGUCUGUUAGAGUAUGCACACCAACUUAACGCC